AUGGUGUUUAUCCCUGUACCUGCUAUUGGCCAUAUUGUAGCGACAGAGACUGCUAAGCUCCUUGCUGAACGUGUAACUUUUCUUGGCCUUGGGUUUUAUAUUCGAGCUCUUCAUGAUGAGCACAAACUAGAUCUUGUUGAGUUUAAGGACUCGAAUGCCGAGUUGAUCAUGCCGUGUUUGGCGAAACCACUUCUUGCUAAGAUCUUGCCUUCUGUUUUACUUGACAAAGAAUGGUUGGUUGUUCUCCUUGGUCUAGCAAGAAGGUUUAGAGAAACUAAAGGUAUAUUUGAGGGGUUGGAAUCUUAUGCGAUGAACUCCUUUCGUAAUGUUAAUAUUCCUUCGAUGUAUCCAAUAGGUCCUAUUUUGAGUCUUAAUAGAGAUGAUGAUCAUGACAUGGAGUCAUAUUAA